AUGGGUCGUCUUUUACGAUUAGAAGUGGAAAAUUUUAAGUCCUAUCGAGGAUGUCAAACGAUAGGACCCUUUGAAGACUUCACAUCAGUCAUUGGGCCGAAUGGCUCAGGAAAAUCGAAUUUGAUGGAUGCCAUCUCUUUCGUUUUAGGUGUGAAAUCUUCUCAUUUGCGAUCGUCAAACAUUCGCGAGCUAAUUUAUAGAGGAAGAGUUAUGAAUAGUCAAGGAUCUACUUCUUUUGACGAUUCUCAAACUCCACGUAGCGCAUAUGUAAAACUGGUAUAUGAAUUAGAUGAUGCCGAAGAACGCGAAUAUAAACGCGUUAUAACCCCUAAUGGAAGUACUGAAUACAGAAUUAACGAUAAACCCACUCAAUUUUCGGAGUAUUGCAAGUCUUUAGAAGAACAGAAUAUUCUAGUUCGAGCCAGGAACUUUUUAGUUUUCCAAGGAGACGUCGAAGCGAUAGCUUCUCAAUCCCCCGUUGAUCUUUCACGUUUGAUAGAACAAAUUUGUGGAUCUUUGGAGUUUAAAGGUGAUUAUGAAAAGUACAAACAAGAGCAAGAUUAUGCCGUUAACCUUUCAGCACAUUCGUUUAACAAGAAAAGGGGCAUAAAUGCUGAAAUAAAACAAUAUCAGGAACAGAAAGCCGAGGCAGAAGUUUAUGAAAGCAAGAAAGAGCAGAGAGAUAUUGCCUCGUUAAUUUUUCUAUUAUGGAAAAUGUACCACAUUGAAAAAAGCAUUCACUCCAAUAUAAGAGAUAUUGAGAAAUUUCGAAACUCAACUAGUGAACUCACCAAACGUCAAGAAACAUCUUCGGCUAAAGUUGAUUCUUUACGCGAGCAAGAAGGUGCAAUUCAUCGACAGUUACUUUUAUUUGAUAGAAAAGUUUGUAAGCAAGAAAAGUCCAUUGCUUCUAAGCGACCAGAAUUAAUUUCUCUUGCUGAAAAAGCAUCGGAAUCAAGCGUGAAUCUGCAAAAAAUUCAAAGAAAAGUUGGAGAAGUUGAAAAAGACUAUACUUCUCAGUCUAGUACAUUACAAAUACUAGAGGAACAGCUUGCAUCACUAAAUGCUGCUGAAGAACAACUAAUCCGAAAUAUUCAUGAACGCGAAGAGCAACGUGUUCAUAAACUUACACCGGAAGAUCAAAAAAACUAUGAUAACUUGCGAACCCAAGCUGAUUUGCAAAAUUCCAAAACUCUUACACAGCUUCAAUCAUUAAAUCGCAGAGUCAAAGUUGCUUCGCAAGCUAAAAAUGCAUUAGCGGAAGUAGUUGAAGAUUUAAAAUCAAGAAAAACACAAUCCAAGGAACAGAUUAAUAACUUAAUAGAGGGAAAGUUUGCUCUUAUAGCCGAGGUUAAUCGCCGAAUUGAAGAUUUGGAGUCCGUCCGCCAAUCCAUACAACAAAAACGUGCAAACUAUACUCACUUGUGUCAGCAAGAGCGUGACCUAAAUGACGAAUUACAUAUUUGUUUACAAAAACUAAUUGAAGCCAAUGCAGAUAGAAAUGAAUCGAAUCAAGAUGUAAAAAAGCGAGAAGCGCUUUACGCAUUAAAGCGCAUUUAUCCUGGAGUCAAAGGAAGAGUUAUUGAUUUAUGCAGCCCCACUCAAAAAAAAUACGAAAGUGCUCUCAUCGCCGCUUUAGGUAGAAACUUUGAUGCCAUUGUUGUUGGAUCACAGGCUAUUGCGAAGGAAUGUAUUGAUUACAUUAGGGAGCAGCGUAUCGGUGUAAUGACCUUCCUACCGAUGGACACAGUUGCUGUCAAACCUAUAAACCAAAGCUUUCGUGGUACACAUGCAGGCGCUCGCUUGGCCAUUGAUGUUGUAAAUUUUGAACCUCAAUAUGAACGAGUCAUCGUAAGUGCCCUUGGAAACACACUGAUUUGUGAUAAUUUGAAUGUUGCCCGAGAUUUAUCAUAUAGCAAACGUGCCAAUGCUAAGACUGUUACCUUGGAAGGUACCGUAAUCCAUAAGACCGGCUUGAUUACUGGUGGGUCUUCUAAUACAAGGUCAGCAAAACGUUGGGAUGAUCGUGAAAUAGAACAGCUUAAGCAAACUCAGAAUGAUUUAAUGUCGCGGAUUGACAGGAUACAGAGCGAAAAGAUGGCGUCUUUGGUAGUGGAGCAAGAUACAAUUAAUUUACACAAUCUUGAAUCUGAAUUAUCUCUGAUGAAAGAAAGCCUUAACGCUAAAUUAAGAUCCUUAGAAGACAAACAAAAGGAGUUAGAUCACUUUAACGAGCUUUAUAGAAGAAAGAAACCAGAACUGGAGUCUUCUGAACGAGAGCUGUCGACAAUGGAAGAAUCUCAAAAUGAACUUCUUCAGCAGACUCAUGUAAUUGAAGACAAAAUAUUCGUGAACUUUUGUAAACGAACAAAAAUUACAAAUAUUCGGUCUUAUGAGGAAUUGCAAAGGUCCUUUACUCAGCAAUACUCGCAAAAGCAACUUGAGUUUGCGAAUCAGAAGGCUUUGCUGGAAAACCGGAUGGGCUUUGAGCGACAAAGAACUUCCGAUAUUGAGGUUCGAUUAAAUAGAUUGAAGGACUUUAUUCGCAAGGACGAAGAAUCGAUUAAAGAAUAUGAGCAAAAGCACGAAGCUUUAGAAACAGAGGUUGCCACGGCUGAAGCCGAAUUAGACCUAUUAAAAGAGGAAUCUUCCGAAACGAAGUCUAAAAAUGAUGAAGUUUUGCGAACGAUAGCUCAACACAAAUUAGAGUCCAAGCGCUUCUUAGCUGAAAUUACUAAGCUCAGGAAUGAUGUGACCCUUGUCGAAUCGGAAAUUGAACGUUUUGUUUCAGAUUGGCAUGCAAUUGUGAGGAAAUGUAAACUUGAAGACAUUUCUCUUCCGUUAUCUGACGGGUCGUUAUCCAACAUCCCUAUAGAUGACUUUGGACAAGAUACCGAAGCAAUGGUUAUUGACAGCGGCAAUCAAACUGUACAAGCCGCUUUCAAUAAGUUUGGUAUUGAGGUGGACUAUGAGGAGCUGGACGAUGAAUUGAAGGAGGAUGGUUCCGAGAGUAUGGGUACUGUUCUUCAAGAAAAGUUACGUGAGUACGACGAGGAGCUUGAAAAAAUGUCGCCAAAUAUGAAAGCAAUGGAAAGACUCGAAGUAGUUGAGCAACGGCUUUCACGUUUGGAUGAUGAGUUCGGAGAUGCCCGAAAGUCGGCGAAAAAUGCCAAAGAACGAUUUAACACAGUCAAAGAACAGCGCCUAAAAAGGUUCCACGAGGCGUUUAAUCAUAUUUCUGAACAGAUUGACCCCAUUUACAAAGAAUUAACAAAAAGUUCAGCUUUUCCACUUGGUGGUACCGCUUAUUUGACCCUUGAUGAUUCAGAUGAGCCAUACUUAGGAGGUAUUAGAUUUCAUGCUAUGCCUCCGAUGAAACGGUUCCGAGAUAUGGAUCAGUUAUCAGGAGGUGAAAAGACAAUGGCGGCUCUGGCUUUACUGUUUGCGAUACAUUCAUAUCAGCCUUCUCCAUUUUUCGUACUUGACGAGAUUGAUGCAGCUUUGGACCAGACCAAUGUUUCAAAAAUUGCCAAUUAUAUUCGUCACCAUGCCUCGAACGGUUUCCAAUUCGUCGUAAUAUCUCUCAAAAACCAGCUAUUCAGCAAAUCUGAAGCCUUGGUAGGAAUUUACCGCGAUCAAGAUCAGAAUUCUUCAAAAACACUUUCUAUUAAUUUGGAAGCUUAUGCCCAAUAA